AUGUUGUCAUUCACUACCACCGAAACACCGGACUAUCGUUUCACCAUGGUACUGCACCGGAAUAAUACAUUUUCCUCUAUAACCAGGGUCUUCAAAGAGGUACCUUCACCCAUGUGGAAUUUGAUAUUGGUGCAACACAACAAGGAUGUACGCAAAGGCUCUAAAGUUGAUCCGAAAAAAAUUCUCUAUAAUUCCACUUACAAAGUCUGUGAGUUUUGGCGUUCGGUCAAACGUAUACGAGUUUUUAGCAAUGUCGCCGAAAUGCUCUUCAACAAGGAAGGUAUGGGCAAUUUAAGCUUAAAGUGUCCCCUAGAUGUGGGCACUUAUGUAAUGACAAAUAUUCAUGUACCACCGGAUACGGGCAUUUUGAAAAUCAUGUACUGGCCCAAUACCAUCUACACACUAUUUGGCAAUAUUUAUUCUUUGGAAAAGAAUAAGAAAAUGGUUUUGAAAUGUACUUAUGAAAUAAAUGCAACUGUCAUAAAGUCAUGUUAA